CCAGAGCACUUCCGGUGGCUUCACCUACUGCUGGCAGUUUAGAAUUGUAUGAGCAAUCCAGUUAUAUAUGUAGAUCAUUGGUCAUUACUCAGUUGUUGUGAAUCGUGUUUGAACCGGUUUCAUUAAACAAAUUGUCCAAACGAACCAAUUCGCUCAAAUAAAUCAGACUUCUCGCCUCGCCAACGCUACCGAAUGAACACAUGGUCAUGUGACUACAUCUAAACCAAUAGCAGCAGCUUCAUAGAUAUAGGAAACAGCGUCCAACACUUCUCUAAAAUCAGCUUGGAUUGACAGCAGUGCGUCUACAUUCGUUUUCAAGAGGUCUAUAGUCACGCCGAAUCGGAUGCCAGCAUGAUUGGCAGGUGGUCAUGCCUCUGGCCAGUGAUGUCACUGGCACUGCUGUGGGUGGGUUCAGUGGAGGCCAGUUCAGACUGCAGGUCUGUCACCAUAGAGACGGAUAGUCGCAUAGCAGAACAGGCGCAACAGCGGCACCUGCAGGCACUGUUUGAUAAGUACGGUCAGAAUGGCAGUAUCUCAUUAGAAGGCUUGUACAACCUACUAAAGGGGGUGGGGCUGGACCGCAUCCGGAAAGUGAUGGUGCAUCACCAUGGAAAUGACCACAUACAUACACACCCACAUGCUCACACACAUGCACAUGUGGACAAACUCACCACAAACGUGCAUCCUGUUACAAGCAAGAAGGUUGAUGUUUACCAUCAUGUGGAAAAGAGUGACCCUGUCCCGAACGUGCACCCUGAUCCCUCCCUUGGGAAGAAGAGCCAAUCAGAUGCACACCUCAAUCUUUACAUGAAGAUGAAUCAGGAACUGACUACACCUUUGACCACACCAUCAUACGUCACAAAGUCACGGCGGACUAAUCGUAGCGCUGACUAUGAUUUAACGCAGGACCACGCCCCAUUUAAUCCUGCCCAGCCCAAUGUAACACACACUAACCACACCCACCAGCCUGAGGACACACCCACCCAUGUUCACGAUGACCAUGAUGAGCAUGAACACGGCCAUGCGAAUCUAGAGUGUCAAAAUGGCUCCACAGUCCUGCAGUCACAUGGCAUGACAAAGGAAACGGGUCUCUCUGUCAAGGAUUUCAGUUACCUGUGCCCUGCCCUUCUCAUGCAAAUUGAUUCCAAGUCUUGUCUCCUGCACGAUGAUGACCAAUCAGAUCAUCACCAUCAUCACAACCACCACCAUCAUCAUCAUCAUCAUCACCAUCCACACAAUCACACCAAUGGCAAAAGUCCAAGGAUUUCCUCCCUUAGCAUUGCAUGGAUCGGAGGCUUUCUCUCCAUCACUUUAAUCAGUUUGCUGGCAUUGGUUGGCGUGGUUUUGAUUCCCCUCAUGAACAGAGUUUGCUUCAAUUUCCUGCUAAGCUUCUUGGUGGCCCUCGCUGUGGGCACUCUUAGCGGAGACGCUCUCCUCCACCUCAUACCACAUUCACUGGGUCAUCAACCGCACAGCCACUCAGAGCAUCAUAACCUUGAAGAGGACUCCCUUCGGCCUGUGUGGACAGGGCUGACUGUGCUGAGCGGAGUCUACAUCAUGUUCCUUAUAGAGCACUUCCUGACCCUCGCCAAAAUGUAUAAAGACAAAAAACAAAAGGUGCUAAAGAUGGUGGAUCUAGAAGCAGAGGUUUUGGAAUCCGAGAAACUGCCAUCACUGGAAGAAAAUGAUGUCAAAACACUUGAAGCUUCUGAAACAAACGGAGGCAGCGCAUGUGUGCGGGGCAUGGCAGAGGAAGAGCAAGUGAUGUUGGGGGCAGAGCUCUACACCGACCUGGACUGUGAGAACAAAUGCCACUCCCACUUCCAUGAUACCGUUGGCCAGUCAGAUGAGCAACAUCAUCAUCACCAUGACUACCAUCACAUACUACAUCACCAUCACUCACAGAACCAUCACCCUCACACACACACUCAUAGACACACACACUCCUACUCGCAACAACACUUCCAGCAGGCUGGCGUGGCCACACUAGCCUGGAUGGUCAUCAUGGGAGAUGGACUUCACAACUUCAGUGACGGACUUGCCAUUGGUGCAGCAUUCACAGAAGGAUUGUCCAGUGGCCUUAGUACCUCAGUUGCUGUAUUCUGCCAUGAGCUUCCUCAUGAGCUGGGUGAUUUUGCUGUCUUGCUGAAGGCUGGUAUGUCAGUACGACAGGCCAUUCUGUACAAUCUGCUGUCGGCCCUGAUGGGAUAUCUGGGCAUGAUCACGGGUAUUUUGAUUGGUCAUUACGCUGAGAAUGUUGCCAUGUGGGUCUUUGCUCUCACUGCUGGAUUAUUUAUGUAUGUCGCGCUUGUAGACAUGGUACCGGAAAUGUUGCACAAUGAUGCAAGUGAAGCAGGUUUUAGUCAUUAUGGCUUCUUCCUCCUGCAGAAUGCGGGCAUACUCCUGGGCUUCGGCAUCAUGCUCGUCAUCGCUGUUUUUGAACACAGGAUACAACUCGACAUUGGAUUCUGACUUGAUGAUUGUACAGUCAUACCUUCAAUAAUAUCCUCAAGUCUCCAUAUAAAUUCUGCCCUGUUAUAUGUAACCCUAAACCUCACUCAUCCAGUGUCCAUCUGUUGACAUGCCCGGGAUAUUGCAUAGUCUGUGAACAGAUGGCAGCAGCUCAGUAUUUAUAAGUAAUUGUCUUCUUAUUUGUGGCUUAAGAGUGGGAGGAGCAUUUAUUUAAAACAAUUGCCUGUUACAAUUUCAAUAUAAAAGAGAAACUUGCGCCAUAAUAUAGGGUUUUUAUUGAUUUGUUUACACAGUGUUUGUUUAUUGUUAUGCAGUGUUGUACAGUAGUUGCUUAAGUGAGCAAUGUGUUUGUUCAUUCUGCACAUGCUGUCCCAGUAACAUUCCAGUAAACGUGUCCCACAAUACACUUGUCUGAUAUCUGGUCUUUGCACAUUUGGUUAAUAUCUGCUUGAUCCUGUCGAUUAGAGUAUUAGCUUGCAUGUUAUUGGGUUGGGAAUAGGGCCCAAAUAAAAUUUUCCCUCAUCAGCAUAAUGAGGGUGAAAUGAGAAUGUACUCACCGUACAGAUCUUGGAAGCCUUUUUAAAUCUGAAAUGAGCAACAAUGGCAAUUUGCCUCAAGAUACCAGUCUCCCUUUGAAACUGCACAUGUUGAUUUUGAUCUUAUUUGUUUAGGUUAAUAAAUAUGAGGACUAUUCCAAAUUUGUGUCACCACAUGGAAUUGUGCAGUAAAAAAGGGCAUCCUACGUAAACUUAUGAUGGCAAAAUUUGUACAAGGUAAGUGCGGAUGACGCGCAAGUCACGUUUUCACUUAAGAAAUUGUUCACCCAAAAAAUCAAAUCCUCCAGACUUGUAUGACUUUCAUUCUUCUGCUGAACACAAAAUUGGUUUUUAGAAGAAUAUCUCUGCUCUGUAGGUCCAUGCAAGUGAAUGGUGGACAGAACUUUGACAGCACAUUAAGGCAGCAUAAAAGUAAUCCAUAUGAUUCCAGUGGUAAAAUCCAUGUCUUCUGAAGCAAUAUGAUAAGUGUAAGAAACACACACUUAAAAAAAAAAAAAAGAUCAUUAUUUAAGUCCUUUUUUUACUAUAAAUUCUCCUUCAUGCCCAGUAGGUGGUGAUGUGCACGAAGAAUGUGAAUGUGGAGAUUAAUAGUAAAAAAUAAAUAUUGAUCUGUUUCUCACCCCAAUCUUUCGUAUUGCUUUCUGAACACUUGGAUUUAACCACUGGAGUUGUAUGGAUUACUGUUAUACAGUGUUGGGGAAGCUACUUUGAAACUGUAGUUGACAAGCUGCAAGCUACUCAUAAUUUUAAGUAGUUAAGCUACAGUCAAGCUACUCUUUUGAAAAAGUAGUUCGCUACAUUUAAUGAGGCAGUAUUUUUUUAUGUUACAAUCAAAUCAAGAAUAUUAAUUAAUGUUUUAAUUAAAUACAUUUUAUGUGUUUAAAUGUAUUUAAUACAUUUAAUGAAUAGUAACAUACAGUUAAUAAUGGCCAUAAAAUAAAUAGAACAGAAUAAAAACUGAAAAGUUCAGAUAACAUGAAAAAAUAUUUUUUAUACUUUACACUUUUCAGUCCUGCUGUGGCCAGGUGUAGCAUAAUUCCCUAAAGAUCAAAUUUGUAUGAUAACCUAUACUUGGCCUGGCAUUUUUUGUUCUUGUCACAUAAUAUUUUGUGUGUAUAUUAUGUAUAAAUAAAGACUCCGGGCUUGUUUCUCCCCUCACCUGGGAUCAUGCUCAUUGUAUUUUCUGACUUUGUUGCCGUUGACAAUCUGACCAACAUGAUGUAGCGUUUGGUCAUGCUACUUUCUGGAAAAAGUAGUUUGUUACUGGGAAAGCUACUCUGCUUUAAAAGCAGCUGAGCUACUGUCAAGAUACUGAAAAAUGUAGUUAGCUACUCCCCAACACUGCUUUUAUGCUGCCUUUAUGUGCUUUUUUUAACAUCAAAGUUCUGGCCACCAUUCAAAAUAUAUCGCCAUCGUUUAUUCCAUAUGCAUUUUAGAACUGUCCAUUAAUCCUGAUGAAAUUGAUGCUUUGAAAAUCAAUGUUUAAAGUCAGAAACGUUUGCCUUUUAAUGUUUAGUGCUAAAAUCACAGUUAAAACAGCAGUUAGUUUGGAUUAAUAAGCUUCUGCCCGUGUGUCUAUAUGAGUUUACAAUGUUAUUUACAACGAGGAACAAGAUCAUACUUAUGGCAGACAGUUUGUAAUGUAGACAGCUCUUUGAAUCUGUAUAAAACACUGAUAGACAUUUUGUUGUCUGCAAUUCAAAAUGUUUUCUUAAAGGUACAGUACGGAUGAUUUCUUGUAAAAUAAAAUUGUCAGAAAUGAACAAAAUAAAAAUGUUCCUUGUUCAAAACCACAAUCUUUCCUUUCCUCUAUUCACUAUGAUACACCUAUAAUAAUAAUAAUAAUAAUAAUAAUAAUUUAUAUUCAGAGCUGUAUGGGUCCGAUUUGGCAGGAACUUUAAGGCUUCUGUCAUUUGUCCUUGCAUGUUUAUAUAAAGAAGGUCCGGCAGCAUAUAUGCUACUUAUUUACUCAGACGGCAUAUUUUUCAUAUAUAAUGUAUUUGUUUUUUCUGACUCCGACUCUUGGUGAAGCUAGUCAGAUCCAUCUGAUAUAUUAUUGAUCACAGGCAACCAUGGAUAUAGCUCAAACCAUCAGAUUCACCCACGCAGAAGAGCAGUGCCGAAGUACAACUUAUGUAAAAAACAAAAACAACAACAUUCCUCAGCAACUUGGAAUUUUUGCGUUCAACCACAACAGUUGAUAGACAGCCCAAAAUUCCAUAUGUAGAUUUAACAGAUAUUUCCUUCCAGUGCUACGUGUGAAUACAGUCUCAUCUUGUAGCCAGCCAGCAUUAUUCAAAAGUUUUUAAUUAACCCAGAAUAAGUGCAGAUCCUUACUCUACUGUGGAAAACAAAAGUGAAAUGAUAAUGUAAUGAACAGACAACUU